GGUCACCCGUAUUGUGGAAGAGAAAUGCCUUACCGCACGAAAUCGCAUUGCAGUAAUUCGUGUCGCAGUUUUGUAUAUUGUGUGUAAUUCCACAAACAAUCAUCCAAUUAAAUUCGUUUUUUUUUCGAACAUCACAAGACUCGCAUUUGCACUGGCGCCAUGGCGGAGAGUAUAGCUUUAAUCAACUUAACGUCUCGCUUGUUGUACACCCAUUAGUCGUUAGUAUUGCCAUCAAAAAAAUGAUCGCUAAAAAAACGAAUUUUAAACUUUAUUUCAGAUUUACAUUCACAAGAUAUUAUAAUAUCAACAUUAACGGAUAUCCAAAAAGAGAUCUGUGUUAAAUUCUUUAAUACUCCAUCGAAUUACAAUAUAUCUGACGGUAAAAUACUGUACAUCAACAACCAGGACAGACGGAAGACAUGUCAAAAUGAGAGAUAUGAUUACACGAAGAGUGUCGUGAACAUGCAGAUCGGUUACAAAUGUCUUAAUCGAAGGGAAAUUUCUAGAAUUGUGAUUGACAUGCUCAAAGCUAGCAUUGAGGGAACGAUGUUGCCAAUUAACAGUUUCGACUUGAUGAAAAGAUUUCAAGAGAAGGACACCAAUUCGACCACUACGAAGUUGCUAUCAUCAAAAGAUCGGAAUUACAUAAACGCUCAUUACCACAACGAGUGCAGUGCAUUAACGCAGCUUCCGGCGGUCGAAACGCGGCGUUUUUUCACGAACAUAGUAAUGAAUAAAGACAGCGAAAUGUAUUAUUCGAACAAAGUUUGGCCUCUCGGAAUUGUUAUGUACGGGGUCGAAGAGAAAUUGCGCAACACUCGCUACUAUUUAGCUAUAAAAGUCGCCAUGGUCAACAUUCAAAUAGCGACGUGCGUUAUAUUUCGUGAGAUCGACGAUAGAGAUGAAUUACUACCGAAGAACUUACUGUGGUUCUCCAGUGAGGGUAAUGAUAUGCCCGCUUUAGGUUUUAUGGAGGGGAAUCAGACCAUUUCAUUGGAAUCGGUUGCAAAGGGUGCACCUGGCCAUACAGCUCACACUCUGAACGCGUUGUUAAGAGCUCUGGGCAUCUCAAUGAUGUCCAAUAGGCACGACAGAGACAAUUUCGUUACCGUACUAUGGAACCAUAUACAGAAAGGUAAAGAACAUUAUUUCGAGAAAAGUCCGCCAUCGGCAACGUUGACUGAUCAAGAUGGCGUCUAUACAGCGUAUUCGUUUGACAGCGCAACGCACGCUCCCGCCAAUUUCAUGUCCGAAGAUUGUUCAUUAUCGGCCAAGACUAUACUUCCUGUACAAGAUCAUCUAUGGCAAAGGACGCUCAUGAUGGGUCACCGCCAUGAUUUGGCUCCGUGUGACACAGCCAUAGUAAACAGCGUUUACAGAAACGAAUGUCAGAAGAGGUCGAUAUCAAGUAAUUAAAUAAUAAAUCAGUAUUUUUGUUACAAUAUAAAUACUUUUGACAAAAGUUUUUAAUUGAUCUACAUCAUUUAAGGAA